CAGGGGCCUGCCCGCAGCUUGGUUUCGAAUCCAUAGCAACUGUCGAAGGACAAGUGCUUCUGGUCUGCAUUUUUCAGAAGAAACUUAUACAAAUUUUGGAUAUUAUAUUAAUCUUUUCAAGAUUCGUUGGAGAGUGAAAGGCCAUGGAGAAGCUGAAACAAUUGUGGGGUGUAAUUGUGAUUGGGUUUGUGCUGAGCAUAUGGGGUGUCAAAGGUCAUGAAUUUGACGAAUUUUUUAGCAAUAAAAGUAAAGUGACAUUCUUGGAGUCCAUUUAUGGAGCUUCAGCUGCAUCUGUUCCUCCAAAUGCUCUUAUGGUGGGUCUCACUCUCGUUCAAGGAGCUGCUGCCAAAGGCGCUGUGUGCUUGGACGGAACAUUACCGGGCUACCACUUGCAUCCGGGGAGCGGGGAAGGGGCAAACAGUUGGCUCAUUGAAUUGGAGGGUGGAGGGUGGUGUAACAACAUGAAAACUUGUGUUUACCGAAAAGGGACACAUCGUGGCUCGUCAACCCUUUUUGAAAAGGAGAUUCCAUUCACUGGAAUACUAAGCAACAAGGCUGAAGAAAAUCCAGAUUUUUUUAACUGGAAUAGAGUAAAGAUACGGUAUUGUGACGGGGCCUCCUUCGCUGGGGACAGUGAAGAUAAGGUUUAUAAUGCUACAGGAUUGCAGUUCAGAGGACAGCGCAUAUGGCUUGCUGGAAUUCAAGAACUAAUGUCAAAAGGAAUGCACAAUGCAGACCAAGCCCUUCUUUCUGGUUGCUCGGCUGGUGGUCUAGCCUCAAUAUUACACUGUGAUGAGUUCCAAAGUUUCUUUCCUGAAAGCACCAAAGUGAAGUGUCUGAGUGAUGCUGGAUUAUUUAUUGAUGCUGUUGACGUAUCAGGUGGACAUACACUUCGAGAUUUUUUUGGCGGUGUAGUUAGCUUGCAUGGUGUUAAAAAAAACCUGCCGAGCACUUGUACUGACCACCUAGAUCCAACUUCGUGCUUCUUUCCACAGAAUUUAAUUGCCAACAUUGAAACCCCGAUGUUCAUCCUCAAUGCUGCCUAUGAUUCUUGGCAGAUACACGAGAGCUUGGCUUCUCCUGCUGCUGAUCCUCAAGGUACUUGGCAUGACUGCAAAUCGAACCAUGAACGAUGUUCAACAUCACAAAUCCAAUUUCUGCAAGAUUUUAGAAAUGAUAUGCUGAAUGCAGUAAAAGGCUUUGCAACAUCUCGACAAAAUGGUUUAUUCUUAAAUUCAUGUUUUGCACAUUGCCAGUCAGAGAGACAAGAUACCUGGUUUGCAGACGAUUCUCCAGUUAUCGAUAACAAGGCCAUUGCUAUUGCUGUUGGGGAUUGGUACUUUGAUCGAUCAAAUAUCAAGGCCAUAGAUUGUCCAUAUCCAUGUGACAAAACUUGUCACAACCUGGUUUUUAAGUAACUGGGAUUUCUAUUUGACCUUGUAUAAUAUUAUUUUUUAUCGUGAUCAUUGUUUACAAGUAACAAACAAUUGGAAGAAUACGUUUGAAAGCAAAUAAUGCGACAGCUUGCUGUGAAAUCCUACUUGAAUUCUUAUGUAUUUCUCUGUUCAUUUGAGGGUUGUGACUUAUCAGAACUUUCAAUUUAAGAUCUUGAGGUUACCAUUUUA